GUUGGUUUGUCUAGCAACUUUUCCACGUAAAAUCUUCCAUGGCAAAAUAAUUAUCUAAACUAAAUUAGAUCUGUUUUACUUUAUUUUUAGCUAAAUUUAUUCAUACAUUAUUACCCCAUGUUUUUAACCUUUGAAGCAAAUCAGUACUAUUUACUAUUACUAUAUACAUUUAGUUUUAUUUUAAAUUUUGUCCAUAUCUUACUGAGACCGAGAUCCCUACUUCUUGCUAAUUUUAUUACUAAUCAUAAACAAUGUCCGUUGUUGGCAUGAAAUAUAGCUUAAUCCCGAAGGAGAACCGGGUAGCUAUUUACGAAUACUUGAUAAAGGAGGGAGUUCUUGUUGUUCAGAAGAAUCCUAAGAUUCCAGCCCAUCCUGAGAUCAGUGUCCCUAAUCUUCAUGUUCUGAUGACUAUGAGAUCUCUCAAGUCUAAGAAUUACGUUGAGGAGAAUUGCAACUGGCAGCAUCUGUACUUUACUCUCACUGAUCAGGGCAUUGAGUUUCUCAGAAGUUACCUUCAUCUUCCUCCCACUGUCUUCCCUGCCACCUUGACCAAGAAACAGUCUUCCCGCGUAGCCCUCAAGGAAGAAGUUGUCUAACCAUUAAUCUUCCUUACAAAUUA